AUGCAAUUGUUAUCUUGGAGGAUAUGGGUGAUAUGCAAUGUCGCCUUGAAGGCCACGGCCAUUGAUAUUGAUUGGACCUCUGAUUCUUCGAUCAAAGAAGGUGCAGCAACGCUCGCAUAUGGCUUGCUUCAAUACUACACCGGUAAUGAGACCGGCGAUGUCCCGGGAAACUUGCCAGAUCCAUAUUAUUGGUGGGAAGCCGGCGCAUUAUUUGGCACGAUGAUCGACUAUUGGGCAUUCACGGGCGAUGACACCUAUGUCGACAUAACAUUCCAGGCGCUGCAACACCAAGUUGGAGACGAUGGUGACUUCAUGCCGCAGAACCAGACACUCACCGAAGGCAACGAUGAUCAAGGGUUCUGGGCUAUGUCUGCGAUGACAGCGGCAGAGAUGGGAUUCAAGGACCCGGAUGCCAAUGGCAAGCAGUGGCUAGCGCUUGCCCAGGCGGUGUUCAACGAGUACGUGUGGCGAUGGGACACCAGCACAUGCAACGGCGGGCUGCGAUGGCAGGUCUUCACCUUCAACAACGGCUACGACUACAAGAACAGCGUUUCCAAUGGCUGCUUCUUUAACCUUGCAUCACGCCUCGCACGAUACACUGGCAAUACCACCUACGCCGACUGGGCCGACAACGUUUGGAACUGGAUGUCUGACGUAGGCUUCAUCGACAACGACUACAACAUCUACGAUGGAGCAUCGGACACCGAUGGUUGUACCGAAAUCGACAAGUCGCAAUGGACAUACAACGCAGGCAUGUUCCUUGAGGGCAGUGCCGCGAUGUAUAGCUACACCAACGGGUCAGAGAAGUGGGAGCAACGCACGAACGGCAUUUUGAAAACCGCAUCAACAGUCUUCUUCAACAACAGCGUCAUGUUUGAGCCGCCCUGCGAGCCUCAAAAUAACUGCAAAACCGACAGUUUCUCCUUUAAGGCUUAUUUUGUGCGAUGGUUGGCCAAGACUACGCAGCUUAUGUCGUCUACGUACGACACGAUCCACCCGUUACUGCUGGCUUCGGCAAGGGGCGCGGCGCUGCAGUGCAGCGGCACGGCAACAGGGACAGCGGGCAGGCAGAUAUCAGGGUCUGCGUGUGGUCAGCACUGGGUCUCAGGCGCGAACUACGACGGAACAAGCGGCGUUGGACAGCAGAUGUCGGGGUUGUCGGCCGUCUUUUACACUCUGGUAAAGGGCGCCCCGGUCCCCUUUACGUCUGUAACUGGUGGUACAUCGACGGGCGACUCUAGUGGAGGAUCAGCCAAGACGGAUAAGACAGUGGCGGGACCACCGCCUAUCACAACCGCCGACAAGGCAGGUGCUGGAAUUCUGACGACUUUGGUUUUGGGAGGCUUGGGCGGUGGCAUGUGGUUUAUGAUUUCAGAGUGA